AUGAAGAAAACCUCUGUAGCAAUCCAAUGCCUGAUGCAGUUUUUUUAUGGUUUGCAAGAAUCAUCUUAUAAUAAUAAUCCUUCAGAAAAGAAGCCAGAUAUUGAAGAACUGUAUACAGCUGUCCAGGAAAUUCAUGCAGAAAAGCCUUUACCUGUCACUGAUGAAUUACAACAUGAAUCUCUUUUGCCACAGUUGAGAGAGUAUCAAAAAAAAGCUGUAGCCUGGAUGUUGAACCAAGAAAAAAGAGAAGACAACAGAGAGGGACAGUUGCAUCCUCUGUUUGUGGAAUUUAAAACACUUGAUGGAAAAGUGUUAUACUAUAAUAAGUAUGGAGGAAUUAUAGUAGAUAAAAAACCAACAGUUGUUACAAUGACACCUGGUGGGAUUCUUGCUGAUGAAAUGGGCCUGGGCAAAACAGUUGAGGUUUUAUCUUGUCUUUUGCUCAAUCCGCGACAAAAUUUGCCCCAGUGGACUCUAAACUUCCAUGCCUUGACUUCAGCAAAUAUUAAGCGGAACCAAAAUAUAGAAGAGAUAGAAUUCCAGUGUAUCUGUGGUACUACAGAGUUUAUUGGAAAUGAAAUCCAAUGUGAGUUUUGUGGUAUCUGGCUUCAUUAUGACUGCAUUGAUUGUGAUGAAGAUCUCAACAUCUGUUCAUUCUUAUGUCCACACUGUCAAGUGGGAUCUGACCCCAUUCCAUCUGGUGCCACGCUAAUUGUUACUCCAAUGUCAAUCCAUCAUCAAUGGCUAGAAGAAAUUAAAAAACACUUACAGAAAGGAUCUGUCAAGGUUUUUGUUUAUGAAGGUGUAAAUAAACAAAGUUAUGUGCACCCUUGCAAAUUGGCAUCUUUUGAUAUUGUUGUGACUACAUACCAAACGCUGUGUAAAGAACUCAAUUAUGUUGAUUUGCCACAUAGUAUUGGGAAAAAGUUCCGCCAGCCAAAAAGAUUUAUGACUGUUCCAAGUCCACUGGUUGCUGUUCAGUGGUGGAGGAUUUGUUUAGAUGAAGCCCAGAUGGUUGAGUGUACUUCAACAAAAACAGCAGAAAUGGCCUCUCGAUUGACUGCUCUUAAUAGAUGGUGUGUCACUGGCACUCCAAUACAGAAGAAUAUUGAUGAUUUGUAUGGUCUAUUCCUAUUCCUUGAGGUUGACCCUUAUUGGGUGCAAGAAUGGUGGAAUAAGUUGCUCUACAAACCUUAUCUACAUGGAAUUAAAGAACCUUUAUUUAAGGCCAUUGCCAGUGUACUCUGGCGGACUGCUAAGAAAGAUGUCCUUAACCAGAUUAACAUACCAUGCCAGACAGAACGCAUUGACUUAUUGUCAUUCAUUCCAGUUGAAGAACAUUUCUAUAGGCGACAGUAUGGAGAAUGUUCAAAAGAUGCUAUGAAACAAUUAUCAAAAUAUAGAGGCAAUACUACAAAACUCAGUGACAUUGAUCGAAAAAUCUUAAGUCGUAUACUCCAACCUUUGGUAAAGCUUCGGCAAGCUUGCUGUCAUCCUCAAGCUGUAAGAGGAGAGUUUCAGUAUAUGAACAAGGAAACAAUGAGUAUGGAAGAACUUUUGGAGUCUUUGAUCAAAAAAGGAACCAUAGAAUGUGAAGAAACUCAUCGUCAAGCUAUUUCCACGCGUCAUGGACUUGCUGGAAUUUCCAUAAUUAACGAUCAGCUGGCAGAUGCUGUAAAUUAUUACCGAGAUGUGUUGUCAGUUAUUUCCGAACAUGAGAAGUAUCUGAGAGUUGAUAAUCUUCAGCUACUGCAUUGUUACCACAACCUUCAUGAAAUUUUACAGUUAAAAUCAGAUGGGAUCAGUCACUCUUUGGAAGAUGAUAAACUACCAAAAAAGGCUGAUGAUAUCCGUAAUAAAUUGACCAGCAAACAGAUGUGUAUAGUUAAAGAAGAGAGUGAUAACUGGAUGAAAAUCAAGAACAAAAUUGAAGAUCUUGAAAAACAAUUUGAAGAUCCUGAGUGGUGGUCAAAAACAAUAGAUCUUAUAGAAGAUCAAAACAAAAGUGAAGCCCUCUUGGGUAAAAUUCAUGAUGAACUGGAGUCUGUUGACAAAGAUAAAGCUUCUUUUAUUGACCACAUUUCCACACUUACUGGUCUGAAGUACAUUGUACACAAUAAAUUAAUGGCUUUUACUUCUGCAAGAACUAAAUUUUUAAACUGCUUAAAGAAACAUAAUGGCAGAUUACCUACUUCCAGUGAAAUCAAUGAGGCUGUAAGUUGUUGUAUCCGCCCAAAAAGUUUUCAGUUGCUCACGUGUUCAAUGUGCAUUUUGCGGAAAGAGAUUGAAGAAUACGAAACCUGUGUUUACAGUGUUAAUAAAAUUGGUAUUCUCUUUUUUGAUUAUGCAAAAACUGACCAUGAUCAAGUUUUAAUGCGACGCUAUGGCAAUUGGGGAAGUGGGAAGUUGGAAACAUUAUUGAAAUGUAUUGCCAACUUCAUUCCAUUCCUUUAUCGUGAAAACAAAGAUUUGGAUGAGCAGUCUGCUAUUAAUUUGAAACUAUUUGAACUUUAUCGUAAAGAAUAUCCUCUGAUGAACAAAUUAGUUUUAAGUUUGCGGGAACAAGUAAGAGUUUAUGAUGAAAUCUCUAUGUGUAUGACUCGACUUCGAUUGCCAUAUCCUGGUGAAAAGCGAGAUAAAGAUUCAAUUAAUGUUAUACUUCCACAUGAAUGUUCAAGUAUUGAAACUCAACUAAAAUUUGAUAAAAAACAAGCUGAUAACAACUUGAAAUACAAACUUGGACAGCUGUUUUACCUCCAGAAUUUAGCAAAGAAAACUGACACAGAUAACUCAAGCCCAACUCAGUGCAUCAUAUGCUUUGAGGCCUUAAAAACAGAGUGGGCUGUAUUGAUGUGUGGUCACUUCUACUGUCUGUCUUGUAUGGAUCUGUUAGUGAAGCGCAGUGUUAAUUAUGUCAAAUGUGCCACCUGUAGGCAUACUACACAUCAUAAUGAUAUUAACCAUGUUUCAACAGUCUCCAAAAAUGAAAUUAGUGGCUUAAGGAUAAAGGGCAGUCAUUCCACUAAAGUUUCUACAAUUGUCCGGUGCUUGAUGAAGAUGCGCCUUGAAGAUCCAACUGCAAAAGCUUUAGUUUUUUCUACUUGGCAAAGUGUACUUGAUAUUAUAGGCAAAGCCCUAGCAUGUAAUGACAUAAAAUAUUGUUUAUUAACAUCUGCUAAAAAAGAAGCCCAGAAAAAUCUAUACCAGUUCAAAAAUGAUAGUGAUGUAGUGGCACUACUGCUACCAGUUCAUUCUGGUUGCAAUGGCCUUAACCUUAUUGAAGCAACACACGUCAUCCUAACUGAACCAAUUUUGAAUCCUGCUCAAGAAUUACAAGCCAUUGGCAGAGUUCAUCGCAUUGGACAGAAAAAACCAACUGUGAUUCAUCGAUUCUUCAUCAAAAGUACAAUUGAGGAGCGAAUGCAUGCCAUGCUGUCUAAUGUAAAAAAAAACACGCCAGUUACAGACAGACAUGAUACAACAUUAACUACUGCUGAUCUUUUUACUUUGUUUGGAGAAACACCAUGUCGAGAGGUCAUCCCAGAAGACGAUGUUCUUGCAGAGAACUCUACUUCCAUACCAACCACACCCUCAGUCAGGUCUGAAAUACAGCAGAGAUGUGCAAUGGCUGCUUUGAGUCGUCUUUCUGAAUCGGUGAUCAUCCAUCCAGAUCUUUCAUUGAAUAACUCAGCUACCAACUCUGAAACUACCUCAGAAUCAAACCAGCCAGAUUAUUCUCUGCCAGGUUCCACAACCUUGAAUUGA